UGAAGUGUCUCUUCUUGGGUCAUCUUAAUCGGUUUCUCAGGAGAAAGGACAUCAAGCGGCCAUAGAGACAGCCCCAAAAGUGUUUUCCCCGGAACUUGCAGAGUUUGGCAUUACUCAUUCGUUGCACAUUCGUGGCCAGGACGCACUCACUUAGUUAAAUAUUGGCUUCUGGCUCUUGUCUAAUCUAGGCAGAAGAGCAACCGCAACAAUACCGAUAUCCCCGCAGACGGCUAACUACCAUAAAAUAGGCCAUAAACAAAUUGCUCUGACGCAGAGAAUAAAAAACAGCCCAAGUGGAGAGAGAGAGUCGAGCGGAGGGAGCUAAAAAACAAUGCCGGGAGAGUACCGCCUAUCAAAUGAGCGUUAAAUUAAAAGAUCGUUACCCAACGACGCCAACUCAGUCAGCCACUGACAACGAACCCGGAGCAACGAACACUCGCGACGGGUAAAAUCCAAACGAAACGAAAACCUAAUUACCAGCGAGCAUAAAGGCCAUUUGGAGUAUUAACUAAUUAAGCCAGCGAAAUGCGCAACCCGGGCGAAGAUCAAUCCAUAGCCGUCUCCAUGCCGACAAGCGCGUCUGUCGCCGGUUCAAGUGGAGCGGCAUCUGACCGUCGGUUGAUACAGCGCCUGCUCAUGGAACUCCUGGUGAUGGUAAUCCUCAUAAUUCCCAUCUGUGUGUACGAGUUUGCGGUGGAUCCAGUCACUCGCGGAUUCUUCUGCGACGACGAGAGCAUCAACUAUCCGUUCCAGGACAACACCAUUACGCCUGUGAUGCUCGGUUUGAUCGUGGGCCUUCUGCCGGCCAUAAUUUUCGUGGUGGUGGAGUAUGUGACCCAACUGAGAGCCGGAGACAUCUCCUCCACGGUGGAUUACCUUGGCUGGCGAGUCUCCACCUGGUACGUUGAGCUGGGCCGCCAGUUCUCCUACUUCUGCUUUGGCCUGCUACUCACCUUUGAUGCCACCGAGGUGGGCAAGUAUACCAUCGGGCGCCUAAGGCCUCACUUUAUGGCCGUUUGCCAGCCGCAGCUGAUGGAUGAUAGCACGUGCUCCGAUCCAGUCAACCUGCACCGCUACGUGGAGAACUACAAGUGCGUCGGCGAGGGCUUUACCAUAGAUGACGUCCGGCAAUCCCGCCUUAGCUUCCCCAGCGGACACUCCAGCAUGACCUUCUACGCCAUGGUCUACAUGGCCCUCUACCUGCAGCGGAAGAUCACCUGGCGAAGUUCGAAGCUGAGCCGCCACUUCAUUCAGUUCGUGCUGGUGAUGGUGGCCUGGUACACGGCCCUCAGUCGGGUGAUGGACCACUGGCACCACUGGUCCGACGUACUCUCUGGUUCGCUCCUCGGGGUGGCCGGCGCCCUGAUUACCGCCCUAUUCAUUGCGAGGAUGUUUGACGACGGUGUUGUCAGUAUCCUGACCGGAGGACUACGAAGGGAAAACACGGCGGCCACGCUGCAGGAGGAGGUGUGCCCCACCACACCGCCUCCCUACUCCGCGAACAGCAGCUUCAACGAGGAGCAGUACUGCUCAAAGGUAUAGGAGCUGCAAGGAGCUCCCGCAGUCAUGUAAAUUCGAAACAUUCCAAAGCUAGCAAUAAAGCAUAGACGAACAUCCA